AUGAGACCGACGUCGAAUUCUAUUGCAGUCGAAGCAUUAACAAUGGUUUCUCAAGUCAAAGCUCUAAGGUGGUGUUUUAAAGAAUCGUUUCAGCGUUGUAUUACAGACCUUAAAGAAACAGCUCAUACAAAUAUAUCCUCAGUUGAUAGUCUUAGUAAAUCCACUAUGACGCACCUUCGUCCAACUGAGCUGUUCGCUUUCUAUCUCUUGAUUAUUCAUCGGCAAUAUCCAGCAUUGGCUUCAUCGUAUGCACUCAACAGCACCAAUGUCUCUGUUACUGAUUUUCCUACACAUGCGCUUCAAAUCUAUCUAGAGCAGAAUCAGACUGAUCCUCAUCGAAUUCCUCGUACAUUGAUCGACUUGUCAUCGAAGAAGCAACCGAGUAUCUCACAAGUAUGA